UAUAAUAUUUACAUUUUACAUAUUAAACUGAUAUUUUAGUAUUAUACGAUUUCAUUUGUUUUUGGAAUGAAGAACUGUGAGUGACGGGUGUUAACUUUUCAGUUUUCACGUUCACAGAAUUAGUUUUGAAAAUCCAUAAUUAGCAAUUUUACUUAAAUCACUAAAGAAAAAAUAUUUUUAACAUGUUGGUCUGUCGACAAUCAAAAAAUCUGUUUUUCGAUGUAAUGAAUAGAAACAUAAAAAGGUGUCUAGGUUCAAUAUCUGAGGAUUCAGGCCAUGCUCAAUUUGUAUAUAAUCGUAACCCUAGAAAUUUAGAGAAGUUAAGAAUCGCUUAUAAACCAGCUGGUUAUCAUCUCGAAAAACCUGGUCGUGAAUUUUGGCAUAAACUACAAGUAACAACUAGCAAAAGACAUGUGACAGCUAGUGUUUUACAUCAUACAGGUAUGGUUCCAAUACUAGCAACUACUGCAGAAUGGGCUAUACGCAAACAGCUUUUCAGCACUCUAGAUAAAAUGGCAUUUAUAACUAUUGGAAAAGUGUUAGCACAACGUUGUUUAGAAUGUGGUAUUUCUGAUAUGAUAAGUACCUAUGAAGUGUUACCAAAUAGUAAACUUGAGGCAUUACUAGAAAACUUAUCUAAAGGUGGUAUACGUUUAGAAGAAGAUCACAGAUAUAAGUCUCCACAUCCUUGGGAUCAAGAAAGACCAGAAAAACCCUGGGAACAUUAUUGAAUCAAACUUAAUUACAUUUUUUUAACAUAGAUUGUGUAUUUUAUGCAUUCAUAUUUUGUAUUAAUGCAUUAAAAAAUAUAUAUAUUUAAAGUAGUAGUAUUUUAAUAAAAAAAAAAGGAGGAAUUAA